AUGAAGAUGGAGCCUCAGGAGACCUUUUCUGCCAAUGGUGUCACUAUUCGAAACCACCGCCCGGGCGACAUGGGCUUCAUCACUUCCCGUCAUGGAGCGAUUUAUGCCAAAGAGUAUGGAUACGGUUACCACUUCGAGGCUAUGGUUGGCAGGAUUACAGCCGACUUUCUCGAAAACUUUGAACCAGCUGCAGAGCGGUGUUGGAUUGCUGAGAAGGAUGGGCAGUUUUUGGGUUGUAUCAUGCUUGUCAAAGAUCGCAAGUCACCCGGACGAGCUAAGCUGAGGUGCUUCCUGGUUGAGGAGAGUGCACGAGGUCUAGGCUUGGGGACACAGCUGGUUGGACUUUGCCUCGACUUCGCAAGGGAAGUCGGAUAUGAGCGAAUUGCGCUACGAACAGACUCUCACCUUGGUGGAGCAAGGAGACUGUACACAAAGGCAGGGUUCAAAAUGGUACUUGUGGAAGAACAUCAAGACUGGGGAGAAAGGAGAAGCGGAGAAGAUUGGGAAUUGAAGUUGUAG